UUGCUGUAGGCUACAGAAUGAGCGCAGUUGCUUCCCUCUCAGUCUGAGAGGCAACUGCUGUUUUUUUUCUUUUCUUUUCUUUUUUUUUUUUUUUUUUUUCCAUUUUCCCCUUCCUUUUUUGUAGACGUCAGUAGGAGACACUGCAGAUUUAUUUCCCUUCCCCUCACUUUACUUUCUGGACCGCUCUCCCACUCCUGUGUUAUUAUUUUUGUGCCUGUGAAGUACCAUGCCGGUGGUUGGUGUAGCCUCCAAGCUCAGGCAACCCUCCCCAGUGGGCACGAAACCGGUCCACACGGCUCUCCCCAUCCCCAGUGCAGUGAGGGCGGCCACCUCGCAGGGCUACAUGGCCCGACAGCAGGAGCUCAGGGCAGGUGAGGGCGCCCUGGGGCUCUCCUGCCAGCUGUCAAUCAAGUCUGAGUACCGGCAGGAGAGGGUGCCCGAUGGGAAGUCCAGAGCUGAGACGGAGGAGAGCAAGAUCUGCAAGAUUUACACAGACUGGGCCAAUCACUACCUGGCCAAGUCGGGCUGUCCGCGCCUCAUCAAGGACUUGAGCCAGGACAUCACCGAUGGAGUCCUGCUGGCACAGAUCAUCCAGAUCAUAGCGAAUGAGAAGGUGGAGGAUAUCAAUGGCAGCCCCAGGAGCCAGUCACAAAUGAUUGAAAAUGUGGACACCUGUCUCAGUUUCCUGGAUGCCAGAGGAGUGAAUGUACAAGGGCUCUCAUCAGAAGAGAUCAGGAAUGGCAACCUAAAGAGCAUCCUGGGCCUCUUCUUCAUCCUGUCGCGCUACAAGCAACAGCAGCAACAACAACAGCAGUACUACCAGUCCCUGGUGGAGCUCAGCCAACAGACCAGCAGCGCAGCACCGUCCUCCAGCAGCCACAAGACACAAGAGAUGCAGUCCAGUCUCACAGCACGAUAUGCAAGUCCUCCGGGCCACAGUGGAAUAGGGUCACCUCAAAAGAAAAACACAAGGUUACCGGGGCCCUCCAGGGUACCUGCUGCAGGCAGCGGGGCCUCCAGGAGCCCUGGCUCGUCCAACCUCAACCGUCGCAGCCAGAGUUUCAACAGCAUCGACAAGAGCAAGCCUCUUCAAUAUGCCAGUGGCAACGACAGAGAAGCAGUGAGGGGCAUCCCAGUACCCAGCGGGAUGAACGGGAGCGGUAUUGUUGGGACGGUUCCCACGAGCAUCAGUGGGCAGCAGCUGGCCUCUGCCAUCCCCUCACCUACUGCCGGCAAGUCCUGGCGCAGCAAGUCCAUGAACCUCAAGCACAGCGCCACUUCGUCCAUGCUGGCCAGCCCUACGCACUCACCCUCCACUACCCCUUCACCCCAGGGCCCAGAAGGACUUCAACCACACGGAAGCGAUGGAUCAAAAGUUGGCGGUGGAUCCCAGAGGUCAAUGCUGGAGAAGUUCCGUCUGAUUAACCCUAGAUCGGCUUCACGAGCGUCACCGUCUGUGGCAGAGAUGGCUCUGCAGGAGGAGGAUGACCUAUCUGAGUAUGGUGAGGAUGGAUUGACACCCACGGGGUCGGUGUGCAGCAGCGGCAGUAGCAGUGCUACUGCCAAGCAGAUGCCAACAAAGACCCCCGCAUCGUCCCUCACUGCACUUGGCAAGACGUCCUCUUCGUCCCCCUCCUCCACAUUUUCAAAAGCUUCUGCUAACGGCAGCAGAUCUAUAGCCUCGUCCAAAGACAAGGAGGACAGAAGCAAGUCUGGGAAGUCUUCUAAGGAUACCUCUCCACCCAAAGAUGAGCGCGAGUCAUUUGCAGACUCCACCAAGAAGUCCUCCAAAAUUGCCAGCCUCAUCCCCAAGGGUGGGAAGCCAUCAUCAGGGAAGAAAGAUGGUGGCGCCGCCUCGGCUUCCAGCAGCAUCCCAAAGCCAGGACUCAAAGCUCCCUCGACUACAACAGCAAAGCCUCAGAGUCAGACCGCUUUAAACAGCAGCGGCAACAUGAGGGGAGGAGAGGGCGAGAGAGGCAAGCUGACGAAAGGAGGGCAGGGUGGGAGCUUCUACAUGCAGCGUUCCAUCGGGGGCCCCGAAGGAAAACGGACCAGCAUGACCUCCUCCACCAGCACCUCAGCCCUGUCUGGGUCCAGUGGGAUGCUGGUGGGUGGAGGUGGAGGUGGAGGGGCGCUGGGAGGGAAUGGAGUAGUUCAGCUUCCCCAGCAGCAGCAGCACAACCAUCCCAAUACUGCCACUGUGGCCCCCUUCAUGUACAGGACAUUCUCAGAAAAUGACUGCACCAUGGUGGCCCCAGCCGACCCCUGCCUCAGCCCCACCAAGGGAGAGCUGGUCUACAGCAAGACAGCCAAACAGUGCCUGGAGGAGAUAUCAGGAGAGGACCCUGAGACAAGACGCAUGAGGACGGUGAAGAACAUCGCAGACCUGCGGCAGAACCUGGAAGAAACCAUGUCCAGCCUCCGGGGGACGCAGAUCAGCCACAGUACGCUAGAAACAACCUUUGACAGCACGGUAACCACUGAGGUCAACGGGCGGAGUCUCCCAGCCCUCACCGCACGCUCCUCUCCCAUGGCCUGGCGACUGGGCCAGACCCAAACCCCACGUCUCCAGGCAGGCGACGCCCCCUCAAUGCCCAGCAGCUAUGCUGCGCCCAGGGCGAGCUCGACGGGCGCUGGCACCACAACGGGGCGCUACAGUGGGCACUCGGACCCCACCAGGUUUGUGUACAGCGCCCCCCUGAGGCGAGCAGCAGCGGCGAGGGGGGCGGAGCAAGGGGAGAAGGGAGGAGGAGGGCUGGAAAGAGGGAAGCAGAUGGAGGUGGCAGGGUACAUGAGUGAUGGGGACAUCCUAGGGAAGACUGACCGGAUGGAUGAGAUCACCAGCGGAUACCUGACAGACGGGGGCCUCCAUCUGUAUGCGCGGAACACAGGCCGAGGCUCAGACGUAGCCUCUUCACGAGAAAUAUCCCAGAGAGGAAGCAAAGAGAUGCAGGGCGACGUAGACAGUUGGGAUGACAGCAGCUCGGUGAGCAGCGGCCUGAGCGACACGUUGGACAACAUCAGCACAGAUGAUCUAAACACACCCGCCUACACCGCUGUCAGCUCAACACGCAAAAGCAAGGGAGCGCAGUCCCAGACAGGAAGCAGGUCCAAGCAUGCAGAGCAGGAGGUGAGCAGCAGCUGGGCCGGAGCCGAGGACCUGAAGAAGGUAGAGGAAGAGCUGGACGCAAGCAUGGACCCCGGCAGCGGCACCUCUCGCUGGAAGUCUUCCUCAUCCUCCUCAUCCUCCCAAGCCCAGGGCCAGUACGAGGACGCCGGUCAGAAAGCCGCUGCGCUGGCCCAGAUGUCCCAGACGGGCUCGUGGAGGAGGGGCAUGACCGCCCAGGUGGGCAUCACGCCACCCAGGAGCAAGGGCGCAUCUGCCGCACACAAAUCACCAGGCAAAACGGAUGAUGCCAAGGCCUCGGAGAAGGGCAAGGCACCUUCAAAGAGUUCAGCUGGCAUCCAGCGCUCACCCUCAGAUGCCGGGAAGAGCAGUGGAGACGAAGGCAAGAAACCCCCCUCUGGCAUUGCACGGCCACCCACCACAGGCUCAUUUGGCUACAAGAAGAUCCCAGGUCCCACUGGCACCCUAAUCACCUCCAGUGGGGCGACGCUCGCCAGCGGCUCAGCCACUCUGGGCAAGGCGCCCAAAUCCUCAGCUGCCCUCGGCAAAGGCACAGGCAUCGGCGGCGUGCGGAAGACCAGCCUGGACGGCUCACAGCCCCAGGAUGACGGCAUUCUGCUCAGCUGCGGGGGCUCCAAAGUGACCCUCCAGUACCGCUCUCUACCCAGACCGGCCAAAUCCUCCAGUGGGGUGGCAGCAGCGCGCAGCGGGCAUCGCUCCAGCUCCAGCAGCAUCGACUCAAAUGUCAGUGGCAAGUCGGCCGGCGGGGUGGGGACACAAACGGGCACCAAGCGUAGGGACGGAAAAGUGGCCUCCGAUCGCUCCAGUCCCGUCACGAUAAACCAGACAGACAAGGAGAAAGUGGCGGUGUCAGACCAGGACCCAGGAACAGGAUUAUCCACCUCCCCCAAAUCCAGCCCCACCUCCACUUCAACAGGCCUCAGGCAGCCAGGCUCCAAGUACCCUGAUAUUGCUUCUCCCACCUUCCGCAGAUUGUUUGGCACCAAAGCCAGCAGCAAGGCCAGCUCCCCGGGCACGCCCGACUCUGGCAAGUGCCCCUCAAUACUGGGCAGCCCCCACGGCACAUUGGCAAGGCAGGCCAGUCUGGACUCGCCCUCCUCUGGCACAGGGAGCCUGGGCAGCGGUGGCGGCCUGAGUGGUGGCAGCAGCCCACUGUACGGUAAAACCCCAGACUUGUGCACUGACUCCCCGGCCUCCAGCCCGGCCUCUGGCCUCUCCCUGCCCUCCAGCGCUCGGCCCUGGCCUGCCUGUAGCUCCUCAGCUGGCAGCAAGGACACACUGAGCUGCCAAAGCAUGACCAGUCUGCACACCAGCUCUGAGUCCAUUGAUCUGCCGCUGGGCCACCAUGGGCCAAAGAUUACACGAACCGGCAGUGUCAAGUCCACCCUGUCUGAGGGCAUGCCUCUUGACAGAAACACGCUUCCCAAAAAGGGACUGAGGUACCCUCCGUCCUCCCGGCAGACAUCCCACGAGGAAGCGAAGGAGUGGUUGAGGUCCCAUUCAACAGGGGGGCUUCAGGACACAGGCAGCCAGUCCCCACUCUCUCCACCAGGAGCUUCCUGCACCACCACUGGAAAAUACCACUACUCAAACCUACUGAGUCCCACGAACAUUAGCCAGUAUAACCUGCCACCGAGCAGCAGCAGCAGCAUGAGCCGCUCCAACAGCAUCCCCGCCCACGACUCCUUUGACCUGUAUGGAGAGGGUCACCCAUUGGGUGGCAGCGCAACCUCCUUGGAGGACCGACCGCGGGGCAUCAGCCGCUCUGGCUCCUUCAGGGACAGCACCGAUGAAGUCCAUGGCUCCUCACUGUCCCUGGUCUCCAGCACGUCCUCACUGUAUUCUGCAACAGAGGAGAAAGCACACUCAGAGGGCCAAACUGUCCAAAAUUCCACGCAAAUCAGAAAGCUGCGCCGGGAGCUGGACGCCUCUCAGGAGAAGGUGGCGACCCUGACGUCUCAGCUAUCUGCCAACGCUCACCUGGUGGCAGCCUUCGAAAAAAGCCUGAGUAACAUGACCUGCCGUCUGCAGAGCCUCACCAUGACUGCCGAACAAAAGGAGUCUGAGUUAGUUGAGUUGCGGGAGACGAUAGAGUCGCUGAAGACCCAGAACACAGACGCCCAGACGGCCAUUCAGGUGGCUCUGAAUGGCCCUGACCACCUCCACAGAGACCUGCGGAUUAGACGGCAGCACUCGUCCGAGAGCAUGUCCAGCAUCAACAGCGCGGCCAGUCACUCCAGCAUGGGCAGCUUGGGCAAGGAUGCCGAAGACAAAAAGAAGAAGAAGAAGAGCUGGGUGGCUGAUUCCAUCCCGGCUCAGUUGCGCAGCUCCUUCAAGCAGGCAUUCAGCAAGAAGAAAACCAAAUCCCAGUCAGCCCACGACGAGAUGGAGGAGAUGAUCGACUCACUGCCGUCCUCGCCCAAACUGCAGCACGACAAUAGGCAAGGCAGCAUUGCCACGCUGCGCUCUUCGCCCUCCACCACAGAGUUGUGCGAAUGCACCGAGGCCGAGGCAGAAAUCGUCCUCCAGCUGAAGAACGAGUUGAGAGAGAAGGAGCUCAAGUUGACAGACAUUCGCCUCGAGGCGCUCAGCUCCGCCCACCACCUUGACCAGAUCCGAGAGGCCAUGAACCGCAUGCAGAAUGAGAUUGAGAUCCUGAAGGCAGAAAACGAUCGCCUCAAGUCCAGCGGCAACGCAACACCCACAGCCACGCCCGUCAAAACUGCCCGGCCGCCGUCCGAGACCUCCAGCACCUCCUCGUCCUCGUCCCGUCAGUCCUUGGGGCUGUCGCUCAACAACCUCAACAUCACUGACACCAUCAUGUCAGAUAUUCUGCUAGAUGACAGCUACGAGGGCAAUCUGCGCAAAGAGGGCCGGAGUGUGCGGAUAGUGGUGACCAUCAGCAGCGGGCCAUAUACCACUAAGGGUACACAAACCCAGGAGUACCUGAUUGGGUCGAUAGGUGUGAGUGGGAAAACCAAGUGGGACGUCCUGGACGGGGUGAUACGACGCCUCUUCAAGGAGUAUGUGUUUCGGGUGGACCCCCUGACCAGCCUGGGUCUCAACUCAGACAGCAUCGUCUGCUACAGGAUGGGCGGGGUGGUUCGUGCCCACGCCUCCGAAGUGCCAGAGCUGCUGCCCUGCGGCUACCUGGUGGGCGACAACAACAUCAUCAAGGUCAACCUCAAAGGAGUGAAGGAGAACAGCAUAGACAGUCUGGUGUUCGACACACUCAUCCCGAAGCCCAUCAUCCAGCGGUACCUCAACCUGUUGAUGGAGCACCGUCGUAUCAUCCUCUCAGGACCCAGUGGCACCGGCAAAUCCUUCCUGGCUGCCAAGCUGGCCGAGUACAUCAUUUCCCAGAUGGGACUUGAGGUGACUGAGCACAACGUGGCCAGCUUCAACGUGGACCAGAACUCCAGCAAGGAUCUGCGUCAGUACCUGUCCAACCUGGCCGAGCAGUGCAACUCCGAGGAGACGGACACAGAGCUCCCCACUGUGGUCAUCCUGGACAACCUCCACCACAUCGGCUCCCUCAGUGACAUAUUCAACGGUUUCCUCAACUGCAAGUAUCACAAAUGCCCGUAUGUUAUUGGGACCAUGAACCAGGGAGUUUCCUCUUCUCCUAACCUCGAGCUACACCACAACUUCAGGUGGGUGCUGUGCACCAACCACACCGAGCCCAUCAAGGGGUUCCUGGGCCGCUUCCUGCGCCGAAAGCUGAUUGAGACGGAGAUCCACAAAAACAUGCGCAGCAAUGACUUGAUUAAGAUCAUCGACUGGAUCCCCAAGACCUGGCAGCAUCUCAACGGCUUCCUGGAGGCACACAGCUCCUCCGAUGUCACCAUAGGCCCCCGUCUCUUCCUCUCCUGUCCCAUGGAUGUAGAAGGCUCUCGGGUUUGGUUCACUGACUUGUGGAACUACUCUCUGGUGCCCUACCUGCUGGAAGCUGUCAGGGAAGGGCUUCAGCUUUACGGCAAAAGAGCAGCAUGGGAGGAUCCAUCCAAGUGGGUGAAUGACACGUAUCCAUGGAACGCUGCCUCGCUGCAGCAGGAAGGCCAGUCGCUGCUCCAGCUGAGGCCAGAGGAUGUGGGAUAUGACGGCUACAGCUCGUCCAAGGAGGGAGCCUCCUCCAAGCAAGUGUCUCAGAGUGACACCGAGGGAGACCCACUGAUGAAUAUGCUGCUACGGCUGCAGGAGGCAGCUAACUACUCCAGCACGCAGAGCUGUGACAGCGACAGCACCAGUCACCAUGACGACCAGCUGGACUCCUCUUUGGAGUCGGCACUAUGAGAGCGCGAGCUGCGCCGGGACACGCAGCGCCCUCGGACCCCUUGAACGCGGGAACAUUUGAACCUCCAUCACUGUCAGACCUGACCCCUGCAGUGCACAGAUGUAUGAUAUAUGAAAAGUUUUAUUAUCCAAAAAUGGUAUAUUCAACAUUUCAAAGUAAACACAUAUUUUCUACAUGAUGAUGGUGCAAUAUUAAAUCAAAUUAUUCUAUGUUUUAAAGAGCAGCCGCCGACCUGAGUAAAAUGUAAAACAAUCAUACAGGUUGGAUCAUUUCCAUUUUGCUGACAUCAAAUAGUGACGUUGGCAUGUCAUUUUUAAUGGAUGUAUAACAUUUUACAAAUACAACUUUUCAUAUAUGUGCAGGCGGGAUGUUCCUCCGAAGUAGACCUUCGUGGAGUAAAACAUUUGUGCUCAGCCAUGAUGAGCCACAGUAUACUCCAUCAAUUGAACUUUGGGUGUCAAAACUCCAGGGUGUCAGAGAAAUGAGAGAAAGCCAAGAGGUGGACGCGACGUAUUAUUUAAAACCAAGUUAUAUCUUCAGAUGUUUACAAGGGUGAGGGCAUGUUUUCUCUUUUUUUACGUCUUUCCUUGUUUACAGAGGUGCUUCUCACACACACACACACACAAACAUACACAUAUAAAUGCACUUACACACAGGCAGCAGUGGGAGACUUUCCUUUAAUCAGAGGUUUUAAUCAGUUCAAGUCCUACUUUGACCAGUAAUCCAGCCCGCCAAAGUGUCCUUGAGCAAGGCACAGUACCUCGACCACCUGUGAGGUACUUGAUGUGCGACCUGAAGGAGGCAGGGCGGAGGACAACACUGGAAAGUGUUUUUUGGGGGUGAUGCAAUGCCCCCUGGUGGCGAUGUGGUAGGCUCUCAGCUGUUAAAAACCGUGGCCAUGAAACCACUGAUUGUUGAUCUUUGCGUCCAAAUUGGGUUCAUCGCAUCGAUUAUCGAAUCCGAUUGAUUCGGUGUUUCGAUCAUGUCAGCUAAAGUCAAAAAAGACAGCUCAACUGGUUCUUCACAAGUUACUGUUUUAGAAUCAGGUUUAGGGCUAAAGGACACGUUUUUUUUUGUGUAUCACCUUUCUUGUGUCUGGACUUUUUCUAAACAUAAAAUAUUGUGCAGGCAAUGACGAUGUGAGGCUCCACACCCCAAUUAGAGUCACAACACUAACAUUGUCAUAACAUCCUGGCACGCACGCACACACACGCACACACACGCACACAAACACACACGCACACACGCACACACACACACACACACACACACACACACACACACAUACACACAUACAUACACACACACAGCUCAGUGGUCAGUUUAGGUGGUGCUGGCUUCCUGCCCUGAACCUCACCAGUGUCAGGCACUGCCAAGCCGCUCCUCACUGGCCUGCAUGGCAACAAGCACAACGAAAGCGCAUUGUCUGUGUCAUCCAGCCACAUUGCUACUGUGAAGAAAAAGAUGGUGAAGUGCCAAUGUUUCUCUUUGAUUUACUGCCAAAUGCACACUCACACACACUCACGCACUCACACACAAACACACAGAAUGCAGAGCUGACCAUGGCUGUAGACUUAGAUGAAGUGUUUUUUGGCCUUUCCUCGCAUCUGAAGCAUGUUGGGUCAACACGCAACUGUAUCAGUUGAUCAUUCACUAAACCCCUCCCCCCGUACAACGAUUGUCCAAUCACGUCUGUCAAGCUUUGGAUUUGUCCGCCUGUCCGACGCUCAGCUUUGACAACGUUUUAUCGCGCUGUCAUUUUCCAAAACUGUAAGGAACAGAGCAACUGGCGUGAUUACUGUAACUGCGCUAAAUUUAGCGGCAUGAUUUUAGAUUUGUUAAAAUCUGUCUAAAAAGUUUUAGACAUAUAAAUCCACUCAUCCAAGACUUUCGUUUUUAAAAACCAAUUAGAAAGAACCAGCUAGAAAGAUGAACAAGUCAGAGACAGUGUUUUCAACCAACUCCUGAUGGUAACGCUAAGAUUUACAAGAGUUAAACAUACUACUGUUAUUAUUGUAAACUGAAGAGGUGCAUAAAUGAAAAGCUUGACAGACAUAGUAGUAACAGUAACGAAGGGGGUGGGGCUUGGCAAAUGGUCAGUUGCAAAUAGCUGAAUACCUGUGGCAACCUGCGUGGACAGCCGAGCUGGUGGAUUUGGCUGCAACAACGGGGUUCAUUCAGACAGCAUCAGGAAAACUAGACCAGCUUAUUUUAUCACUCCAACACACUGUUUGUCAGUCAACAAAAUAUCAGUGAUACUGAAUAUAGAAUGAUGCAAGCCGACAGCUUUGAAAUUUCUCAUUUGAGAGACGUCAUCUGGGCUAAAUGGUACCAAAAAAAGAAGAAGAAAAGAAUCAGAAGUAUUGUUAAAAAUGGAAAUUCAAAAGUUCAGCCCGGGUGCUGAAUAGGGGAACAAUGAACUGGUGCUUUCUCACUGCCUUAAAUGUGCAAAUGUUUGGGAGGCAUCUCCUCCUCCCACUGGCUAUAGUGAGAAAAAGUUGGAUGAUGAUGAUGAUGAUCUGCUUCCUCCUACAUGAAAGAUGCUGCUUGUAGUUGGAAAGAGCCUCUUCAGUUUGUGGUCAAUCCCUCUCCCUCCAAACCGCCCCUUCUUGUUUCUGACAGUGGAAGUUUAAAAGAAUUGUUGCUGUAUUUGAAUUUAAAACUGACCAAUAUUGUAAAAAAAAUUUUUUUUUUAAAGGGAUAGGGUAUUUUUUAGUUGUUUUGCGCCCAGUUGAGCUGGGUUCACUUGAACAGAAAGGAGCACAACCAAACUGUUUUGGGGUUUUGUAGCCCUUACGAGCAUGUUUUGAAGCUUUUUCAAGGGGGAUGCAUUGACGAAGAGACCUUUACCUUUAUGUAUGCGUGCAUUGGACGGAAGCCAUUUUGAAUUUCGAUUGUCCUCUCUUUGUUCAACGAGUGGGUUGGUUUUGCACACUUUGAGGUCGGGGCGGGUUGUAAAUACUUAAGUCUUGCACAGUGAAUCAAAAAAUGCAUUCUGCCCGGUCGAUGUUACAAUACGCUUAAUCCGCUGAGUAAAUUAUUGUACUUAAAAAAUGUUUAAAAAACA